AUGUCUGCGUCGCCGUCAUCCCCCAACCAGCCGACACCGAACCGGACCCCAGGCUCCCCCGACGAUGAGCAAUCCCGAAAGUCGCAAGCCGCCGCCAUGGAACGGUUCGCCGAGGUGUCGCUGAAAUCCGUCCCAUUGCCAGAGGGCUUCGACCCAAACAAGCGGGCAACGGUGGGCGAGGCGUUCAAGACGAUCAAAAGCGACGAUAUCCUCAAAGUCCACCAGGCGCCGUGCUCGAGGGACGGAUUCAUCACCGGAAUUGGGUCGGGCGCUGCGGUUGGGUUCCUGCGGUACAUUAUCGGAGCACCAGUGCCGAAGUCGGCCAAUUGGGCGGUCGGGUCAGGCGUGGCUAUAAGUAUCCUGGCGUACGAGUAUUGCCAGUACCAAAGACGGGUCGAGCGGGCCAACAUGAAGCGGGUCGUCGAGGUGGUCGGCAAGAAGCAGGCUGAUAUGAAGAGGCAAGAAGAAGAGAAGAAGCUGCAAAGUACCACGGUCAAGGCCGCGCCCGCCGACAAAACGACCAACAAGGCUUGGUACAAGUUCUGGUAG